UUUUUUUCUCUCUCACACACACAGACACUGCGUAAACAGUGUGUGUUUUAUGAGAUGGAGAGAGAGAAGUCAAGCAGGUUAGCAAGUCAAAAUGGAAGUAAGGAAACUGCAGCUUGAUGGAAUGGGUUGUGAUUUUUGAAGGGUAUCAAGUUUAAUUGGUGAUGAUAAUUGUGGAAGUGGGAAUAUUAUUAGUUGAGAGGUAAUUUGGAAUUAAUGGGGUGAGUUAGUUCCCAAUCUUUUUCCAAUAAUUCUUUUAUGUCAACCCUAGCUAGCUAGAUGUUUCAUUACCAUAAGUAAAUAUAACCCUUCGGAAAAAGCCAACACACCAAUAGUACCUACAUCCCCACACCACCACCUCUCCUCCCUCUAAGAUCAUCAUCAUCAUCAUCAUCAUCAAUAUUUUUUUAUAACUCAGCGUCAAUUUCUCCAACACCCCAUAUCCCAUAAGCUAGCUCUCAAUUUCAUUUCUUGCUUUCCAUGGAUAUACGUACGUACUCUUCACAUGGCCAAGAGGAUACAGCAACAGAAGCUAGCUGAAUUACGUAGCUAGCUAUCUAGCUAUAUAUAUAUAGAGAGAGAGAUCCACAUAUUUAUAUUUGAUAUAUCUUGGAUACCAGACACAAGCGCAAAAAUCAUCAUGAAUUUUAUGGGUAAGAGCACCGGCGAUAGUGGUAGUAGCACCAGCAGUAGAAGGCAACAGCAGGGAGGAGGAGGAGGAGGAGGAGGAGGGAAUUUGUUUGAAGAAGAAGACGAAGAAGAAAGACAAAACACGGCCCCAGCAGGUCAGUUAUUCCCUUCUUCUUCAUCUUCUUCCCCAUCUUCUUCUCAUCAUCAACAUCAACAUCAACAUCAACCACCACCGAGCUUUCUUCAUCAACCUCCCUACCACCACCAGAAUCAGCGUGGGGGUUGGGUGUUUGACGGCACUUCAUCACGGCCAAGUGACCCCAUGGUUAUGGACUACUCUUCAGUCGCCCAACCUGCACCCGAUAACAUUAAUGAUGAUGACCAACAAUCUUCACAUCAAGCUGCUGCAGGAGGAGGAGGGAUGAUGAUGGUGGUAGAGAGGGAGCACAUGUUUGAUAAAGUGGUGACUCCAAGUGAUGUGGGUAAGCUGAAUCGUCUUGUGAUUCCAAAACAACACGCCGAGAGGUAUUUCCCCUUGGAUUCCUCCACCAACGAUAAGGGUCUCCUUCUUAAUUUUGAAGAUAGGAAUGGAAAACCCUGGAGGUUUAGAUACUCCUACUGGAACAGCAGCCAAAGCUAUGUGAUGACCAAGGGUUGGAGUCGUUUUGUUAAAGACAAAAAGCUUGAUGCCGGAGAUAUAGUCUCUUUCCAAAGAGGUGUCGGUGGCUCCGCCAAAGAUCGGUUGUUCAUAGACUGGAGGCACCGCCCGGAUGCACAAGCUCCGCCCUACCAAUUGUCAUCCAAUCUCUCCUUCCCACUACCACAUCAUCAAUUUUCUUUCCACAACAGGAACACUGCCGGUGUCAGUUGGAACCCACUUUUCUUCCAAUCCCAGCCAGCACCCCCACGGAGCCACUCUAACUUGAUGCUACAGCCCCCAAACAGCUACGCCGCCCCUCCUAAUUCUUACCGUUAUGGCAGCUCCGGCGGUUCCCCUUACCACAACAUAGGUACUGGUAGCGUAGUGAAUGUGAAUCAAGGAGGUUCAGGAUCAUCGGUGAUUUAUUUCAGAUCAGGUGCAGGUGGUAUCCCACAUCAACAACAUGCGGAUAUGAUGCAAAUGCAACAAAGAAGUGGGGUUGGUGUUGGGGUUGGGAUUGGGAUUGAUCCACCGGCAUUACCAGGUCCAGCACCAGGUGUAGUGUUUGAAUCGGUUCCAGUUGUUCAUGGGAAAGCAGCUGCUAAGCGGCUCCGGUUAUUUGGCGUUAACAUGGAUUGCCCUAUCUCAGAUGACGACGAGCAAGACUAUGACCAGCUUCCAGGUGAAUUAAUCUCCCCCACCACCAAUUCCAUUCCCAUGGGACACUAUAAUCAUGGAGAUUACCACCAUGAACACUAUCCCACUCACCAUAAUCCGCCGCCGCCACCAUCUUCUUCUUCUUCUACCAUACCUUACCUGCAAUUGAGGCCUAAUUACGGAGAAGAAACCCAAUUCCAUCAAACCACAAUGGUGUCUUCUUCUUCUGUUGACGCCUUCAACAAAAGCACCAAAUCAUCUUCCUCUCAUAUGUCCUUGGAUUUGGAUAUCUGACCACACAACUAGUUAUCCAUCCUAUCCACCCAUCUGCCAACAAAAUAAGAGAUCAUAUAGCUACCACUCAUGUGGCUUAUCGAAGGAUACAUUUAUAUUUGAGUAGCCCAAGAGUUUUGAUCUGAUAUCAUCAAUAUUUUUUGUUCCCAAAAGUAAACAUUAAUUUGAAGAGAUCAUCCAGCUAGCGGCAAGAAUUGAAGGUAUAUUUUAAUUUUAGAGGGUGGAAUAUCACAAAUCCAGGGUGUUCUUGAUGGAUAGGUAGCUAUGGUUGUUGAUGAUCGAUGAAUGAAAUAGAGGAUGACUAGAGAGUGCUAUAUAUAGAGUGAUUUGCUGCAAACAAAUGGAAGUGAGAGGUUUAAACUGAUUUUUAGUUUUCAGCUACUUAAUUUUAUUAGCCUAAUGUACAAUUUUCUGGUUAUAAAUUCAUUUACACCCUCACUAUUAAUAUUACUAAGCUAUUGACUAA